AUGGCACCACGUCGCGCCACCCCUCACGGCUUGUCUGCCAACCGCCCGUCACGGCGCGCGGCAAAGGCCGAUUCGUCAGAGGCCGUAACCCCCGCGGGCCGUGCACGGGAGCUCGUCGAAGCGCUGUCGUCAACAACGGGCCUGUCGCUUAACGUCGCAAGCCUGUCGCAGCUGAAGCGACUCGUGCGAUACGAUGACGAUUGCAUGCGCGCCGCAUUCGACGCUAUCAUGACGCGCCUCGAGAAUAAGCACGCGCAGAUCCGUCUUUUGCUGCUCCUCGUUAUAGACUACCUCUUCAUGCGCUCGCGCCUUUUCCGCCGCCUGCUCCUCCCCGCGCAUCUCCUCCCCUUCCUCCGCCUCACACUAGGCAUCCACCCCGCCUCCCCCCUUCCCCCGCCCGCCGCCCGCGCCUCCAUCCUCCGCACGCGCGCACUUGAGUGCCUACAAGCCUGGCUGGCAGCUUUUGGCGCUUCCUACCCGUCCCUGGGCAUGGCUUUGCGCUACUUAGUGGGAACACUCAAGCUCCCCAUGCCGCAGGGGGGAACCGCGGGGGAGCGCGCGGGGCGGGGGCGCCGGGGGGUGGAGAGCGCGCGGGAGAGGGAUCGGCGGGAGAGAGCCGCGCGGGUGCAUGCAGCACAGCUGGCGCGAUACGAACGGGCGCAGGCGGAAUGGGCGGAAUUGGGGGAGGAGAUGAGGCGAGCUUCGCUGUGCGCCCUGGCAGCGGUGGUGCAGGGGCGGUAUCUGAGUGUGAGUGGCGGGUGGGUGCAUGCGUUGACCAGGGUUGACCCGCUUGACCCGGCGUGUAGGGACGAGAUGCUGAGAGAGGUCAUUGGGCUGCGGGCGCAGAUGAAAGAAGUUCUGGAGCGGUGCAGAGCGGUGGGGUUGACGUGGGAGGUGAGGGGGGAGGGAGGCGUGGUGGGAGAGGAGGAAGGUGGGGAGGAAGGAUGGGAGGAGGGGAAGGGAGGUGUUGUUGGGAGCGGGGAAGAGGAGGUGGAGUGGGAGGAUGGUGGUGGUGGCGGUGGUGGUGGUGGGGAUAAACUUGUUGGUGCCAUUGAACUUGUUGAAGGGAGUAGUGUUGAAGACAUGGGUGCUCUGAACCAAGCGCAGCAGCAGCAGGUGGAUGGUGAAAGGAGGUGCGGUGACGCACAGAACCUCGCACAUGAGGAGGAGGCAGGGGGCAUGCUGGCGAACCAGAGGGGCCUGUGCGUGAGCAACCACUGGGGGCCUGUGGACGAUAGUGCGUGCUUGCCUCCUGAGCGCGUGCGAGAGCUCAUGGGCCUGCAGGUUAGCUAUUAUGAGGCUCCUAAGGGGGUGGGGGGAAGUGCGGGGAGGAGGGUGGGGAAGGGAAGGCGAGGAAGGGAGAAUGGGGAUGGGGAGAGGGAGGGGGGGGAGGAGAGGGUGGGGAUGGAGGAGAGGGAGGGGAAGGAAGAGAGGGCGGGGAAGGAGGAGAGGAUGUUGUGCAGGGGAGUGAAACGGCAGAGGGAGGGAGAUGAGGGUGAAGGGUGUGAUGGUGGGGAUGGUGGCGAUGGUGGCGAUGGUGGGGACGUUGAGGCAGAGGAGUUGGAAGUGAGGGAGGUGGUGAGUGGGCCGUUGGGUGGGGUACAGGGUGGGGCAGUCACUGGGGAGACUGGCAACAGUGGACGUGCACGCAGGGCUGGAGGGGAGAGUGCGGGCGAGGGGGCGAAUGGGAGUACGAGUGAGACAGCGAGCGUGAUUUCACACCGAGGGUUGAGCGCAGGUGGGGGAGGGGGGGCAGAUGGGGUGGAGUGGGAGGCUUGGCAGAGGCAGGUGGGGCGGCAGGCAGCGCGCAAUGUGAGGCGCAGGGAGAGGCAGGGGAGGAGGCACGGGGGAGAUGGGAAGUGCGAUGGGGAUGCUGGGCCGGGGGUGGGAGGAACUGGUGCUGCUGGUGCUGCUGGUAAUGGGGAGAGGGGAACGCAAGGCACAAAGGCAGAAAGGAGCAAAGAGGGCAUGCAGGAGGAGACGAGGAGGAGGAGAGAACUGGGGUCACUGGAUUGGUAUGGAGGAGGAGGCUCGAGAGCAGUGCAGGCGGGGCACGGGGGCUGUUUCAUGAGUGUGAGAACCAGUACGGCCAGUGGGGCCAGUGGGGGUGGAGCGGAUGGUUCCAGCAGGUUGGGGAUGGAGAGGCGUGGGUUGGUGCUGCGUGUGGCAGCUAGCCUGAAGCAGCGAGCCGCUCUGCUGGGGAAGGGGGAUGUGUUGAUGGCGCCGGGUGAGUGUGCAUCGCAGCUGGCACAGGCUGGCGUGGGUGGUGCAGCAGGGGAGGAGGUCGGGUUGGCACGGAGUGGUGGUAGUGCUGCUGCUGCUGCUGCUGCUGCUGCUGCUGCUGGUGAGGGGCAGUGGAGGGGCGUGCGUGCGGGGCGAGGGGAACAGGCGGGGGGAGUCAGGGGCGGGGCGAGAGGUGGAGGCGGGGAGAGACGUGGGGCAUUGGAAAGAGGUGGGGUGGGUGCGCGUAUCCGUGCUCACAACGACGCUGUGUUGAUGGCUGCAGAGGUGCGCGGUAAGAGAGGGGUGGUGAAUGGGGAGAGGGGAGGAGCAGGUGAGGAAGGUGCAUGUGAUGGUGGGCUUGGUAACGAGCAUAGGGGAGUGUUGAGUGGGGGAGGUAUUGGGAUCGUCAUGGGUCUUAAUGGUGGUGGCAGUGGUGGUGGUGGUGGUUUCACUGUUGGCGAGAGUGAUGGUUACAGCGAAGGUGCAGAGGCGGGUGGUUGGGGAAGGGAAGAGGGAGCGGUAGGAGUGGGGGAAGCGGGGGUAGAGACGUUAGCAGGAAUGCUGAAGAGGAAGGAGGGUGUGAGGGAGAGGUUGGGCAGGAGGUUGUUGCGGGGCAGGGGCAGGGCAGCAGCGGUGGAGCAGAUGGAGAGGGAGGAGCAGCAGAGGGUGAGAGAGGCACGGGUUAACCAGUGGUGA